GUUCUAAGGUUCUGACAGUUCUGUGAAUAAGUCCCGUUUUUACAAAAGAAAGCCAACUGUUUGUGUUAUUUGUUAUCAAGAGUGAAAUAACAUAAAAAUGUCUAAACCUACUGGUUAUGAUUCCCAUAGCGAAGGACCUGGUUUUGUUGGUAUAAGAUUUUGUCAAGAAUGCAAUAACAUGUUAUAUCCCAGAGAAGAUAAAGAACACAAGAUUUUAUUAUAUGCAUGUAGGAAUUGCGAUUACCGACAAAAUGCUGAUUCAAAAUGCAUUUAUGUCAACAAAAUUAUGCACGAGAUAGAUGAAUUGACACAUAUUGUGGCGGAUGUUAUUUCUGAUCCAACUUUGCCCAGGACAGAGGAACAUCAUUGUCCAGAAUGUAAUCAUAGGGAAGCUGUUUUCUUCCAGGCUCAAACAAGAAGAGCUGAAGAAGAAAUGAGGUUAUAUUAUGUUUGUACAAAUCCUCACUGUGCGCAUAGAUGGACCGAGUAAUAUGAUGAAUUCAAUAAUUGUAACAUUUGCUAUGAUAAUUUUAUGAAAUAAAUAUUAAGUUUUUUCUCAGAUUUUAAUAAA